GAAUGGUCAACCAUCUCUACGUUCGAUGCCUUCGAGCUCUCUGCAGUCGCCUGUGCUAUUCUGAUCCCCGUGCGUCUUCGGGGUGAUCAUCACUCGUGACAGCUUUCCUGGAAACGCCUCCGGGUAUACUCCAUCACGACGCCUGCGAUUGGCCCUCAUACGACGCCACGAAUUGGACAUAUAUUAUCGGGAGCCUUUGCGUGAUGCAAUCCUACACUCUCCCCUGCUUUGUCCGGUACCCACACCAUUCCAACUCCUGUCGCUCCUUCCGUUAUGGGCUGCACGUCCAGCAAGCAAUUAUCGCCUGAGGACCUCGAGGGAACUCCCGUGAAGUCUAGUCGGUGGCGGGCCGUCAAGAAACACAAGGGCAGGCGAUCUGUUCCUAGUCCCGAAUUGGAUGCCACCGCGGCGGAGGCACCAUGGAACCAGGAGAGGAGGAUAUACGUCCACUCCAAGGAUGGAGCAGGCGGAUGGAUUGUCGAACCGCUCCCACCGGCUCCGGAGGCACCUCCAGCCUACGUCGGUAGUGAGCCAGACGCUCCCGGCGGCCAACGUUAGGAAGACCGCCGCCAUCACGCUAUUCUCCUCCUAGCAUCGUCAUGCUCUAUCCCUUUCGCACAGUCGGCCCAUUGUUCAAGUUGUUGACCCUCCCUGCCUUUGCCUUUGCCUGUGUAUACGUAUAUACCGCAUCCAAUCCAGUAUUUCUC